AUGAUUCGCCAGCACUUUGUCGCGGCGCGCAGUUCGCAGCAUAGAGUCGCCGCAUUGGCACUCUAUCGAGCACUCUUAAAAACAGCAUCCAACGUGCCCUUACCGCAUCAUCUCCAUCCUAGUGGACGGAAACACCCUUUAACAAAAAUAGUGAGGGAGAGAUUCGCCAAGAAUAAGCCACUCACCAGCUUCAGGCUUCUUUACGACUCAAUGGCUGCAGGAUACAAGUUCCUUACUUUAUUAACGAAAGGACGAGAUACAAAGUCGCCCGAGCACUCUGAAAUACUUCGACAUCUCCGCAAACGCAACUUUACGGCCAAUCUUUCCCGUCUAGAAGCCCCCUCCUACAAAAAGCCACCUCGUUCGAAGCAGCGACUCAACCCUCCACUUUUUACCAAAGUCUCUGCCCCCGAUGAGCCUGUUAAAUACGAACCAACUAUCCGACCUCUUCCCAAAACUGCAUUUGUCGGCGAGAGAAAAGUGCCAGUUACUGGUAACACUGCUGAGUUGCUAUCGUUCGUUCGAAUUAAGAAACCACAGCCGAGGGUGUUCUCGCGGGCUAUUAGUAGAAAGACAACCAUAUUUCGACGGUCUGUUAGAACUCUUCUGGGAGUUUCCACUAAGGACAUCCCGAGGGCUCGAUUAGACGAUCGAUGGGACGCCAUGAUGGACAAACUGCUACUGGCGGAAGGCUUCACGGACAAAGUCGUACGGGAUGGGCCACUAGCUUCAUAUCACUUCACUGCCACUCUGACAAAAGCUUGGUGGGAUCAAAAACUUAUGAAGAUCACAAACGACCAGACGGCUCGCGCUAAAGCAGUGAGCAGUCUCAUUGAAAAAGAAAUUGCACUGGUCAAGGAAGAAAAGAAGAGUGGCGCAAAGCCAACUGAUCCUAAAGUAGCAAAGGAGACUUUGGAUACAAUCCUAACAGAAUAUCGCCAAAAGCAGGCCGAAAUGGAACGAACGAAAGACACUUCAUUUGAAGACCCGUUCUUGUCGGAACAAUGGGUCACAAGGGCACAAAAGUUAGAGGAUGAAUAUGCCAGGAAGUAUGAAGCCAGAGUGGAAGACAGUGGUAGACGUAUCUCGUGGACAAAGAGGCAAGGGCUGGCCAAGAAAGAGAAUACUCUGUUAGGGGCUGUGGAAUCUGACAAAGAAGCUCAAUUUUUCAGUCAAAUUGCUACCAUGCGAAGAGGUGGCCAAUAA